AUGGCAGACCAAAUCCCCCAGCAGAUGCGUGCCGCAACCGUCAAGGACUUUAAUAAGGGUUACGAAGUCAAGGACGUCAAAGUCCCAACCGAACUCGGACCUAACGACGUCCUCGUCAAAAUUGCUGCCGCGGGCUACUGCCACACCGAUCUUCAAGUACAAGAGGGAGUUUACGAAUCCGCUGGUGCCAAGCCUGGCCUUAUCGGCUCUCACGAACCUGCUGGUACCAUCGUGAAGCUGGGCUCUGAAGCCGGCAAGCAGGGGCUCCAAGUCGGCGACCACGUCGGCUCCAUCAACACAUAUGGCUGCUGCGGCAAGUGCAACUCUUGUAAUCAGGGCAAGCAGGUCUGUGACAACCUCACUGGCAUGCUCGGUCUAACUCUUGACGGUGGCUUCGCCCAAUACAUGAAAGCCGACGCCAGAGUAGUGGCCAAGAUCCCCGAUUCAAUUCCUUGGACCGAGGCUGCGCCAUUGUUCUGCGCGGGCGCCACGGUCUAUGGAGCUCUCUGCGCGGCAGAGCCCAAGAAGGACCAGUGGCUCGCAAUGAUCGGUGUUGGAGGUCUGGGUCACCUGGGCAUCCAGUACGCCAAGUCGAUGGGCUGUAAGGUCAUCGCAAUCGACAACCGUCAAGAGGCUCUCGAUCUGGCCAACGACGUUCCAUCGCACCUCACUCCCGACCGCACUAUUCUCGUUGAUACCGAUGAGGCGCAGGAGAAGACAGUGAAGGAACUCCAGUCUUCUUUCUAUGACAGCAACCCGGGCGUCGACCGCGUCGUCAUCAACACCGAGGCUCGGCCCCUCGUCAAGUUCGCCCAGCAGUUCCUGCGCAAGGGCGGCGUUCUCGUCGACGUUGGGCUCCCUGCCGACGGACCUUUCGAAGUGGAUCCUUUUGCCUUGAACUUCAAGGAGCAGACUAUCCGUGGCGCGUUGAUCUGCACUCCUGAGCGCAGCCGGGAAAUGCUUGAGCUGCACGCCGAGAACGGAUGCAGAACAUACAUUGAGAAGACCUACAGUGUUGACCAGGCCAACGAAAUGGCUGAGCACUACUUGUCUAAGCAACUCAAGGGUCGCUUGUGUAUGGUCUUCUAA